GGGGACUCUUUGGGUGCUGACAUUUGCAGGCUGCCCUCCUGAUUGGUCCCUUCGCUGAGCUGCUCACGGGUUCACUGAAGUGUUAAGCACCUCCCCGUCUCUCUAAAGGACAUUAUAAUGCAAGAGACCCCCUUUUUAACCACACACCGAAUUUUCUUUCAUUUAGGCGAUCUAUAUAUAAAUAUAUAUCUAUAAGCUUGAGAGAGAGCGAGAUCCGGUGCAACUUUUUUUUUCCAUAAAAAACCCCACCACCAACCGCUAAAAUUUGGGGGGGUACAGCUUUCGCCCUGGAGCGGUGCGCGAUGCUCUCUCACGCCGACCUCCUGGACGCCCGGCUCGGGAUGAAAGACGCCGCCGAGCUGCUGGGCCACCGGGAGGCGGUGAAGUGCCGCUUGGGCGUCGGAGGCUCGGAACCCGGAGGCCACCCGGGCGACCUGGCUGCCAGCGCGGACUCGGUGGAAGGCUCCACGCUGCUGCCCGGCGACGACAUCUCCGCCGUGGGCUCCACGCCCGGCGCGCUCUCGGUCGGCGCCAAGGACCCGGACAAGCAGCAGGGUCAGCCCGGCGGCGGCGGAGGCGGGGGCGGCGGCCAGAACCCCGGCCAGGCCGGCCAGCAGCAGGGCCAGCAGAAGCAGAAGCGGCACCGGACGCGCUUCACGCCCGCGCAGCUCAACGAGCUGGAGAGGAGCUUCGCCAAGACGCACUACCCGGACAUCUUCAUGCGCGAGGAGCUGGCCCUGCGCAUCGGCCUCACCGAGUCCCGGGUCCAGGUGUGGUUCCAGAACCGGCGGGCCAAGUGGAAGAAGCGCAAGAAGACGACCAACGUGUUCCGCGCCCCCGGCACGCUGCUCCCCACGCCGGGCCUGCCCCAGUUCCCCUCCGCCGCCGCUGCCGCCGCCGCCGCCAUGGGCGACAGCCUCUGCUCUUUCCACGCCAACGACACGCGCUGGGCCGCGGCAGGCAUGCCGGGCGUGUCGCAGCUGCCCCUGCCGCCGGCGCUGGGCCGGCAGCAGGCCAUGGCGCAGUCGCUGUCGCAGUGCAGCCUGGCGGCGGGGCCCCCGCCCAACUCCAUGGGCUUGUCCAACAGCCUGGCGGGCUCCAACGGCGCCGGCCUGCAGUCGCACCUCUACCAGCCCGCCUUCCCCGGGAUGGUCCCCGCCUCCCUGCCCGGCCCCAGCAACGUGACGGGCUCGCCGCAGCUCUGCAGCUCCCCGGACAGCAGCGACGUGUGGCGGGGAACCAGCAUCGCCUCCCUCCGCCGAAAGGCGCUAGAGCACACAGUCUCCAUGAGCUUCACCUAAUGGCGUCUCCUUCCCGCCUUCCCAGCCAGCCAGCAGCCUGCCCCCAGCCGCGCCUCCCGCUUUCCCGCCCUUUUUGCUUCUUCUAAUUCCUCCUCUUCUUCACCUCAGCCCUGCCCUCACUCCCCACUCCCGCCAUUUUUUUGUACUUUAAAGAGGGAGGGGGAAACAAAAACAAAACACUUACCAGGGAGUCGACUCAGGAUCAGAAGUGAGUGGACUGGUUUGCGGGCAGAGUUUAAGAGUGGUCGUCCAAAUAACACGACCCAGGCAAGCGCACGCACACAUAAAAACAUACAGACAAGGAACACGCUCACCCCAACCGCCGCCUACUGUGCUCCAAGGGCGGAAACACAAUCGACGUGUGUCUUAAUAAGGAUUUGAGAGAUACUCAACCUGACAAAAGGACUCGUUGGAUCUCCUCCUUUAAUUUACCCCCACCGAGUUCCAAGCCCCGCACAGCCAAAUUCAGAUCCAGGCAUCUGUUGGGCUUUUAUUUUUUUAUACAAAACACCAAAACAAAAACCCACCUCAUGUAGAAAGACAGUAUACAAUGUGUGCAUGUGCGUGUACAAAUAAAGAUGAAAGUUGGUUGCAGGGGUUUUGAUAGAAAGGUUUUCUUAACGGGCAAGUUUGGCCUUCGGGUGGCUGCGAGGCAAGAAUAGUGGUCAGGAUGUGAAGCGUGAAGGGGAAAUUGAACCGAUUUUGAUAAAAGCAUUUUUAAGCGAAUUUUUUGGGGGGCGGGGGAGGGAUUCAAACGAUUUUUAAAAAAGAACCCACUCCAAACACUUCCUAUUACUCUUUUUUCUUUUUGUGGGCGUUUUGAUUUCUUUGUUUCGGUUAUUGCUGUCCCUCCAGUUUCUCUUGUUGCCCUCCCUCUCCGAGCAGCAGGCUGAUAGAUAGAUGCCUGGCGCACGUGGACUUGAGACAUCUCCAACCUGGCAAAGACUUUGUACAGAUAAAACAAUCAGCUAUUUUUUUCUCCCUUUCUGCAUGUGCUGGUCCAAUCCCAGAGAACAGAAGCUAUUUCGAAGAAUGAACAAACAACGUGAAAUAGGAUGUUUUGUGUAGAUAAAGCAUUCUUGUUACAUACUGGUCGAUUUGUGAUAUGUUAAAAGAAAAAAAGAAAAGAAAAGAAAACUUACUGUCUGUGCUUAUUUAUUAUGGAAUUUUGGGUUUCUUAAUAAAUGUUUGAGGCUACUAUAAAGCAUAUGAUUUGACUUUUGCCAACAAGUUUAUAUAUCAAGUUAAUGUAAAUGGAUAAAUAAAAUCAUUUUCAAUAUGUGAUAAUGAGAACGAUGGUGUGGCUUGAGAUAAGAGGUGUUUUAAACGAGAGAAGAAAUAAGAUACUUGCUACCUUAUUUUUAAAUUUAGGAUCCAGCGAGGUAGGGGGGGAGGGUUGUCAUACAUUUGGAAAUAGUUUGCUUGCUUGAACUUUGCGAUGAAGCACUUCAUUUAUUACAAUUUGGAUACUUUAUGUGAAUAAACUUUUUAAUUUCUCUGCGUAAAUGACCUUUUAACUCUCACGAGCAAGGUUAUGAUGACAAUAGCAGCAGCAGCCGGAAGCAAUUGAAGUUAAACCAAGUAACACACGAUGUGUGUGUGUGCACGCGCCUGUGCUCGUGCCCGCACAUCGAAGGACGGGAGAGAGUUACAGAGAAGGCAGCAAAAGUCUAGGGCCCUUUGUGUUGGCAACGUUUUGUAAGAAGUGACAUCAUUUAGUUGUUAAGCCAAAAGCAAAAAUUUAUCCGGCUAAUUUCAAAGAAGCCCUUUCAGUUUCACAGAGAGAAGAGGCAUGCACGGCUGACUGCAAGGAAAGUCCACAGAUUUCUGACGGUAAAAAUCUUAGCAUUUUUAUUUUUGUUUUUUUUGCCGAAUACGAAGCCUGUGAGCUCCAAAAAGAAAAGAAAUAAAAACACAGAAGCCCCAGUGUCGAACUAUAUGAAGCCAAAAAGAAUUGCUAAUAAAAAUCUGAAAGGGCGGGUUAAGAUUAAA